AUGGAAGGCAACACCAACGGCGCGUAUGACACGUCUUCCACCGGCCUCGAACACAUCUCCAACGCCCUCAACGCCACCCUCAACCCCCGCGUGCCAAACACCAUACGCCAACAAGCCCUCCAACAUCUCGAAGCCGUCAAGAACCAGCCAGAUGCACCGCAAUAUGGCUUCACCCUCGCCGACGACUGGAAGCAGAACGAUGCCGUGAGGUACUAUGGCCUGCAGCUGCUCGAAUAUGCUGUCAGGUAUCGAUGGAGUGAGUACACAGAAGACCAGACGGCACAGCUGCGGACAUGGAUAAAACAGCUGGCUGGGGGUCUACGUCAGCAGGACGCCCUGUUCAUCAGGAACAAAGUCGCUCAGCUGUGGGUGGAGGUGGCCAAACGAUGCUGGGGUGGCGAUGACUGGAUGGACAUGGACGCUCUGCUGGUAAACCUCUGGGACAAGCCCAUCGAAGAGAAGGGCACUGUGAAUAAGAUCCUGGUGCUCAGCAUCCUCGAGACGCUCAGUGAAGACAUCAUCAACAACGAGGAUGCCGUGGCAGGUCUGCGGCUGGACGUGCUGGGCACCGCCUUGAACGAGAUCAUGAUCCCGACAGCACUAUACAAACAUCAUGCCUCUAGCAGAGCUGGAAGGCAAGAAGUCAGGUGUGGCGAGGAAGGAUGGUUCAACAGAGUAUGCUCGUUCUUCGCCGCAUGUGUCAAAGAGGCGAGAUUGGGCAAUGAUGCGCAACAAGCACAGAGCAUGGAGACAUGUGCGAUCAAAGCACUGAAUUCCUUGAGGCCCACCAUGAUAUGGAUCAGCAUGAAGGCAGCCGACGAGGUCAACUGUGUUGACUGUCUGUACCUGCCCUUCCACACCAACAACGUCCAACUUCAGACCGCUGCUGUGGAGGUGCUGUAUGCUCUGCUGGGCAGAUCGUUCAACCCGCACUUUCAGGAUGUCUGGACCAGCCUUCUGCGACAAGCAAUGCGCCCAGAUCGUAUCGCACUCAUUCGUCAAACUUUCGAGGCGACCAUGGUAGGACCUGGCGAAGACGACGAAAAGUACACACUGCACAAGAAGAUGGCAGAGCUACUGUCCGUUCUUGCAGAUGCCAUCUCCCAGCAUAGGGAGCUUGCAGACAGCUCCGUUGAUCUGCCAACCCUAUUUGACCUCCUACUGACAGUCACACAGCACAAAAGCUUGACGGUCUCGAUACCUGUGCUUCACAGCUGGACCAAGCUUCUCAGUGUGCAGGAAGACCGCAUAGUCGAUCUUGUGCUCAACGCACUGCCAACGCUUCUGCAAGUUUGCAGCGAGCGGCUGUUGCGUUACGAGGCUUUGCCCGAUGAUGUCGAUGAAUGUGCUCAGUACCUGGCUGAGGACUUCGAUACCAUCCCAGAGCGACAUGCCUUUCUCGGCAACUAUCGUCGUUACUGCUCUACAGUGAUACAGUCCAUUGCUCGUUUCAAGCCUAUUGAUGCGCUAUCGAUCGUGCUCCAGGGACUACAAUCACUGCUCGAGAAUGGUCCGUACACUACCGGUCGAGGGUUUGUUAGCACAAACUAUACCAAGUCAUCUCUUCCAGUCCUACAAUUCGAUGCUCAGUACAACGUUGUGUCGGGUGCGCUCAAAGGCUAUUCGGCAUGGAUGAGCGACGUCGCAGACAUCACACCAGAACAGGAACUCUACAGCAGAGUGCAGAAAGAUCUGCAGCACGCUUCAGAGUCUCUUCAACAAUGGUGCCAUGGCAUGACGAAUGUCCAUUGUGAUGAUCCUGGGGUGGCGGAGCAAGUGUUGCAGGCAUUCGUGCUGGUCUUGCGGACCCUGAAACAUCCACCAGCAAGCUUCGUACUUAGCACCGUUCAGCACAUGCUCACAAUGCGACUGUAUGACAACCCCGCCCACCAGCAGUACUCCGACUCAAUCAAGGCGUUCGAGGCUCUACGCGUAGUAGAGCUACAGAAGCUUGCUCUCGUCUUUCCCAACGCACUUCUCGAAGUCUACAACGAUCUUGAACCGCGAAUAGGCGUUCUUGCGGAAAAGCACGCUGACGAUCAACGACUACUAUGGGGCUACAAGGCCUUCUUGUUCAUGGUCCUUCAUCGAGCCACCGGCAUCGACAACCAGGUACGGAUGAGCAAGCUGCAGCAGAUGCUGAGGCCCACCUACGAUGCGUGGGCAGAUCCCAACCUAGGUACAUCGGUCAGCAGCCUGCAAGACUUCUGUCAAUCCAUCGCCAUGAAUGAUCUGCCCGAGUUCUACAGGACGUAUGGCUUUGAUCGGAUCUUGGACUGGUCAGCACAGAUGCUCGAUCAGAACGGACAAGCUCGGCAGAACGAGAUCAAGGAGAAGAGCGAUCGUCUCCCUCUGAGGAUGACGAAGUCGAUGCUGUCUGCGACGACCGAGAAGCUCAAGACCGGCUCCGAUGAAUACGAGAAUGCCUGCGCUCUGUGGGGCGAAUUGAUACCCAUGAUUCUACCUAAUCUGCUGAGAAUGCUUCAGCAUGCCGUCGCGUUCCACAACAUGUCGAACUGGUCGCAGCUUCCUCAAGAGCUUCAGAUGGUCAUCAAGAGAACGAUGCAAGAUAGGUUUUGGCAGUCCGGAAUCUCGAAUGAGACCAAAGAGGAGUUCUACAACCGCAUCUCUGGGUCAAAGACAUCCUAUGAAGGGUUCGCAAGCACAGUCCGCGGAACCAUGCGCAACGUACGAGAGCAAGGAUACCACAUCAUCUACCUUAUGACCAAAUUUGACGAGCAGUUCUAUGGCCUGGCAGAGCUAGCGCAGCCUUUGGCGGACGCUAUAUUCGAUGAUGCAGGGAGUCUGACUGCGAAUCACUUGCAUCCCAUCAUCAAUCUGACUACCGGUCUCGUGCAGCGAUGCCCACCACACUACAGAAGCCAAUUUCUGCCUCCAAUACUGCGCAAACUCUUCGUCACACUCGAUGCCAAGAUCUCUGCCGAAUGGGAAUCCCUUGGCCAAGCCGCGGAACAAAAUAAACACGAAGUCGACGAGCUCAGUGACGAGAUGCGUACUGAGAGCGUACUACGCCAGCUUACCUUCAGCAUGGUCUCCUUCGUGCCAUUCCUACUCGAAUACGACCGCCAACCACAAACCAACGGCCACGCCAACGGUCACAAUCACAGCCAGGCCAAACCCCUCCUCAGCGACCUUGUCCUCUCCGACGCCAGUGUCCUCGAACCCCUCAUCCUCUUCUGCACCCACGCCCUCCGCAUGCGUGACGGUCGUUGCUGCAGCACAAUCUGCAAAGUCUUCCGAGGCAUUGUCCCAAUGUUCGCAUCGACCUCUGGCUCAGGAAGCGUUUCUGCCGAAACCGCCGCGCAAGUCCGAGAGUUCAUCUGCACGGAAGUCCUGAAAGCCUGCAUCACGAGCUUGAACGAGCCAUACUUCGCCGACCUGCAAAAGGACCUCGCCGCCUUGAUCGCGCAAAUCCUCCUCCUCUACGGAGGCAAGACUCCAACACCACGGGACAUCCUCUUGAGCUUACCUGACAUUACUGCGAACAAAGUUGAUCGGGCUAUGGCGAGGAUCAACAAGACGCAGAACGAGCGUCAGCAGAGAGCGCUUGUGCUGGAGUUGCUGGAGGGUGUUAGGGGCGUGAGUAUCUAUGAGCAAGGCAAGGUGAAGCAGAACGGUGCGAGUGCGGCGAAGAAGAAGGUGGGGAUCAAUGAGAGAUACAUGGAAGUCGAACAGGGGCCGAAGGUUGUGCAGGGCGAGGAGCAGGGGCUUGAGAGCAUGGCGGCGAUGUUUGGGGAUUGA